AUGGCUACCAUCUACGACAUCGCCGUCGGGGCGGCUCUCAACGUAGUCACCGCCGUCGCCUUCCUGCUGCUGUUCGCGUUGCUGCGGCUGCAGCCCGUCAACGACAGAGUCUACUUCCCGAAGUGGUACCUCAAAGGCACGCGGGCCAGCCCGGCUUCCGCGGGCGCCACCGUGGCUGCGGCCAAGUAUAUCAACCUCGACAUGAGGUCCUACCUGAACUUCCUGAGUUGGAUGCCGGCUGCUCUCAAGAUGCCCGACGAUGAGUUGAUCCAGCACGCGGGCCUCGACUCCGUCGUCUACCUACGGAUAUACCGCACAGGGCUCAAGAUAUUUGUUCCAAUUACAAUUCUUGCUUUUGCCGUUCUGGUCCCUCUGAACUGGACCAAUGAUACACUAGAAACUUUGAAGGUGGUCCACAGUGACAUUGACAAACUUUCUAUAUCCAACAUACCUUAUGGAUCUAAGAGGUUUAUAGCCCACUUGGUUAUGGCCUAUGUAUUUACUUUUUGGACCUGCUAUAUACUUAUGAAGGAAUAUCAAAUAGUUGCAAAGAUGAGAUUGCGCUUUCUUGCUUCGGAGAAACGUCGACCAGAUCAGUUCACUGUUCUUGUACGGAAUAUACCAUCAGAUCCUGACGAAUCAGUUAGUGAGCUCGUGGAACAUUUCUUCCUUGUCAAUCAUCCUGGUCAUUAUCUUAAACAUCAGGUAGUUUACAAUACAAAUAAACUUGCUGGCCUGGUUGAAAAGAAGAAGCAAAUGCAGAAUUGGCUUGAUUACUACCAACUCAAGUUUGAGCGAAAAGCAGAAAGGCCAACAACUAAGACUGGGUUUUUUGGAUGUUCUGGUUCUGAUGUGGAUGCUAUUGAUUACUACAAAUCAGAGAUUGAGAAGAUAGGAAAGGAACUGUCGGAAUACUAUUCGUCUCUAAUAAGUGAUAAUUCACAGGAAGCUGACGAGCAUAAAAAAGUCAUGAAGGAUCCCAAGUCAAUUAUGCCAGCGGCCUUUGUUUCAUUUCGUUCACGGUGGGGUGCAGCUGUUGCCGCUCAGACACAACAAACCAGCAACCCAACUGUCUGGCUGACUGAAUGGGCUCCAGAACCCCGUGAUGUGUACUGGAAUAAUCUAUCCAUUCCAUUUGUUUCCCUCACAGUUAGGAGGUUGAUAAUUGGCGUGGCCUUCUUCUUCCUCAACUUCUUUUAUGUCAUUCCAAUAGCAUUCGUACAGACUCUUGCAAAUGUUGAAGGCAUAGAGAAGGCACUACCAUUUCUAGAACCUUUCAUUGAAACACCCACCAUUAAAUCAUUCAUCCAAGGGUUUCUUCCUGGACUUGCUUUGAAGAUCUUCCUCAUAUUGCUUCCAACUAUACUGAUGUUCAUGUCUCAGUUUGAAGGAUUGGUAUCACAUUCAUCACUAGAGCGAAGAACUGCAUCCAAGUAUUUUAUAUUCUUGUUCUUCAAUGUAUUCCUGGGGAGCAUCGUUACAGGAUCUGCUUUGGAGCAGCUUAAUACCUACCUUCAUCAGUCAGCUAAUGACAUUCCAAGGAUCAUCGGUGUGGCCAUACCAAUCAAGGCAACAUUUUUCAUUACAUAUGUAAUGGUUGAUGGUUGGACUGGUGUAGCUCUUGAAGUUCUGAGAUUGAAGGCAUUUAUAAUGUUCCACUUGAAAAACUUUUUCCUGGUCAAGACAGAGAAGGACAGAGAAGAGGCAAUGGAUCCUGGUAGUAUCUGUUUGUACUGGUCCGAGCCUCGAAUACAGCUAUAUUUCUUGCUUGGUCUUGUGUAUGCUGUGGUGACACCACUCUUGCUUCCAUUCAUAUUGGUAUUCUUUGCGCUGGCUUACGUCGUCUACCGCCACCAGAUCAUAAAUGUCUACAAUCAACGAUACGAGAGCGGCGCGCAGUUCUGGCCCAAUGUGCAUCUACGCAUCAUCACAGCCUUGAUCGUGUCGCAGCUGCUUCUCCUUGGGCUGUUAAGCACGAAAGGUUUGGAGGAGGCGACGCCGGCUCUUCUUGCUCUUCCCGUGUUAACCAUUUGGUUCCACAAGUACUGCAAGCACCGGUACGAACCCGCGUUUGUGAGAAACCCGCUACAGGAGGUGAUGAGGAAGGAUACGCUAGAACGCGCGAGGGAGCGCAACUUCGACCUCAAGGCGUACCUGGCGGACGCGUACCUUCACCCGGUGUUCAAGAGCAAUGAGGCAGGCAAGUUCUAUGUCGCCGACGAUCCCGGGGCGGAGGCGGUGAUCGUGCCGACCAAGCGGCAGUCCCGGAGGAUCACUCCGGUGCAGAGCGAGGACGGCGGCUCUGGCAGGCUCAACCUGAUGGAGUCCGUUCACAAAAGAUAG